GUGAGCGGUGAUGCGGAAGUGAGGGAGAAGUAUCAUGGGAAGUGAGUCGGUUGUGUCUGUAGGAAACAUGUCGGGGUCAGUUGUGUGUUUAAGCCUGCUGCUGUUUCUUGAUGUCGGUGCUCAGCUCAGGGACAAUGUCCGGCAGCAGUGGCCGAUUCCCUACAGGCGGUUUGACCGUCGGCCUGCUGCCGACUCCUACUGUGAAGCUCUCUUCCCGUUCUGUCCCACCGGAGACGGCGAUGGACGGAUGCCCUCCAUGAGCGACACUGACGUGAUCUCAGUGUACAGACUGCAAACACCUGUGUGGGAAUUCAAGUACGGAGAUCUGCUGGGGAAAUUUCAUAUCAUGCAUGAUGCCAUCGGGUUCAGCAGCAAAGAGACGGGGGCCAACUACACCAUGGAGUGGUAUGAGCUGUUUCAGCUGGGAAACUGCACCUUCCCUCACCUGCGACCCGACGUGUUCGCACCUUUCUGGUGCAACCAGGGAGCCGCCUGCUUCUUCGGCGGCAUCGAUGACCCACACUGGUCACAAAACGGCACAUUGGAGAAAAUAGGAGAAAUAACUGGGGGCCAGUUCAAUGACAUGGCUCAGUGGGUCCAAGACGACAACGAGACCGGGAUCUAUUACGAGACGUGGACAGUUCGCUCGGACCCCGGACCCAAUGCCACAGUGUGGUUCGAGUCUUACGACUGCUCCCAGUUUGUCCACCGCACAUACAGGAAACUCUCUGAGCUCGGAGCCAAACUCUCCAGUCGAUCACAAACCAACUACACCAAGAUCUACCUGUACAGCGGAGAGCCCAGUUACCUCGGCAACGACAGCGCCAUAUUCAGUCAGCCCGCUCUGAAGAACCUGGCAACGGACAUCCGUACAUUUUACCACAGGUUCCGGCCGCACCAGUCGUUUAUAGACUUCACCAUCAGUCUACUGGAGGCGUAUAAAAAGGUUGUGCUGGACAAGAGCUUUUACCUCUACUACAACUUUGAGUACUGGCAUCUGCCAAUGAAACCUCCUUAUGUGCAGAUUACAUAUGAAGAGGUGCCUUUGCCUUAACGUCCCAUCUGCACCAAUCAUUUUCAUUAAGAAUGAAUCAGUCUAUUAACUGAUCAUCCGAAGUAUUAGCGAUAAAUGGCCCAUCUUCACAUUUGAGAAGCAGAAACCAGUGAAUGUCGUUUAAAUGAUGGAUUAUUUAAAUAAUUGUCGACGCUCAAAGUAACAUUUUUGAUGAUUAAUGAUGUUCAUCAGCUGAUUUUGCUCAGUUUAAAGUGCCCUCUGCAGUUUUUUUGUAAAGAAACAUUCUGUUAUCCAGUAUUUCUCACCAAAUGCACUGUAUGUAUCCUCAAGGCUUGUUUACUGCCGUUUCUUCUUCAUAAAACAUUUGCAGACCUCAUGUUUUGAAUGUUUCACACUGUGCUUUCUUCCACCCGUUUGUUUGCUGCCUCUCUUGGUGCAUUGCUGAACUGUCAUCGCCACCUGCUGAUGAAGAAAAUGUGAUAUGAUCUUCAGAACAGCUACUAAAUGGAACUUUUCAUUAGAUUUGUCUUUUUAAUUGGUGGACAUUUUUUUUGUUAAUGUUUAAUUGGUGACAAACUGACCCUUCACUUUAAUCAUCGGUUGUUCAGGAGAGCUUGAAUGCUUUCCUAACUCGCUGCUUAAAUACUGUAAAUAUGUACAGGAAGAAACUCAUUUUGACAAGAGGUUUGUAAAAAUGGAGAAAAACUAUUUCCAUAUAUAGAAAAAGUGCCUGUUAUGUAUAGAGUGUAAUAAAUAUCACCCUAAUCAACCUAUAUCAAGCUCUCAGGUGGGACUAUGUCAAACUUUGAGCACAUUUCCCAGCAGAGACUCUGAGAUGUUUGAUAAUUAUGGACAAACUAUUGUAAAGUAUAUGAGGAUGUUCACCAAAUGAACAAGGACUGUUUCACACAUCAUUUUCUGUUUUUACGGAUUAAAAAAACCCUGCAAUUA